GGGGCGACGAGCAAAACAUCCUCAGACGCACGAAAAUCGCAGCCCACAUACUCUUCUCUAUUUCCCCAACAAAUUAACGCAAGAGAAUAAUUACAAGAGCAGGAGCCGAGACGCAGAAGAAGAAAGAGAAAGACUGUUGUAUCCCAUAACAGAUUCUCUCAUCUUUCUCCCAAAGUUUAGGCUACCAAUUUCUUACUUUGGGCAGAUGAGAGAGAAAGAAAGAGAGAGAGAGAGAAAUGAUUGAGCACGUGGAUCGUUCCUUCGUUUCUCAAAACGCCAUUGAAGCUGAACCUAUUAUUUCAAUAGCUCUUUAGAUGAAAGGGUUUUCUCUGUUUUCCACCAUCAUUCUUGUUCCCUUCCAAUCCUCCGAUCAAGGGUUUCUUCUUGCUUUGCUCCUCCGCCGAUUGUUUGAUGCUGGGAAGUCAUGCCGACAUUUACAGCUAUAGCUUUGGAUAGACUAAUAGAACCUGGAGCUGCAAAGUCCAUGUCAACCCUGAGCAAUUCACUAGACCCGAGACUGGAGAGGAGUCAUAGCACUCCUAACUCUAGGGAAGAAAGUGGACUAGAUUCUUCUAGUGCAAAGCUGGAAAGAAGAGAUAGCAUUCCUCCAAACAGAAAAUGGGAGAGGGGAGUCAGUGUUCCUCCUAUUGUGAAGCAAGAAAAGCCAAUUACUAUUCCUUCUAAUCUGAAGCAUGAUAGGAGAAAUGGUGCAUCAACUACAACUGUAUCAAUUGUAGAUAAAAAGUACCAUUGGACUCAAAUCUCACCGGCACUCUAUGCCACUCCCGAAUCAACCCCACUUCCUGAUUCUCCAUCUUCAUUCCCUCCCUCACCUUACAUUAUUAAUCACAAGCGACGGGGUCCAAGACUCAUAAAGAGUUUCUCUGAGGACGAUGUUGUAACUCAUAAACAGGUCACUGAUGAGAUUAAGGCAGAUGACAAUGGAAAUACUGCUGAAAAUGACUUAGCAAGUGUAUCUAGUGAUGAUGCUUCUGUUCCUAGAGAAGUUCUGGAUUCUACCAUGAACGAUGACAUCAAGCCGUUUGGUGCACGAGACGCCAAUGGAAAGCAUUUGAAUGGUGUUUGUAAUGAUGGGCAUGGGAGCAGUAAUAUGGAAAGAGGUCCAGUGGGGCAAAUCAAUGUGGCUAAAUCUGUUGCAUUUAAUCUGCAGCAAGAUGGUGAUGUUGACGAUUUGGUUGAACCACAUGACUCAAUGAGUGCUAAGAGCAUUGGUGAAAAUGAGGGUAAUGUUGUAGCGGAACGGUCAUGGAAUUCUACAACACCAAUGACUGAGUUCUAUGAUGCUUGGGAAGAAUUAUCAUCAGAGAGCGGGCCUCAGCAUCUGACGCCUGAUAUUGAAACUGAAUUGCGUGAAAUAAGAUUGAGUUUAUUGAUGGAGAUAGAAAAGAGGAAGCAAGCAGAAGAAACCCUAAACAACAUGCGAAACCAAUGGCAGAGGAUCCGUGAACAAUUAUCUCUUGUUGGGUUAACGCUCCCUGUAGAUCCAACUACUUUGUCAGAGGGUGAAGAACCUGCUGAUCCUGCUGCUGAUGUGUGCCAACAAGUCCAUCUUGUUCGGUUUGUGUCUUUUUCAAUUGGGAGGGGAGCUGCAAAGGCAGAGGUUGAAACAGAGACGGAAGCUCAAGUAAAGCUGAAAAACUCUGAGAUUGCUCGUUUAUGGGAUAGGCUACAUUAUUAUGAAGCUGUGAACCAGGAGAUGUCUCAGCGAAACCAAGAAAUUGUGGAAACGGCAAGGCGGCUCAGGCAAAGAAGAAAGAGAAGACAGAAAUGGGUGUGGGGAUCUAUUGCUGCAGCAGUGACACUUGGUUCAGCUGUCUUAGCAUAUUCUUACUUCCAUAGUGGAAAAGGAUCGCCUUCCCAGAGCACAUCGGACGCUCCUCAGGUUGACCGUAAACCAAAUUAGCGAAGUCCUCCUAUUGAAUACCUUAGUCAAUGCCAUAACAUAGAAAGAAAGAAAUAACAAACAAGGGGUUAGAAGCACCAUCUUGUGAAUACCGACAUUCGUCCCUUUUCUGUUGGUUGCAUAUUUUCUGCUAUUGCAGGAUGUAUAAAUUCAAUAAAGGCAUAGUACCAUACAACUCUGUACUAAGCUAGCAGUUUAAAAUGCCAUCAUAAAUUUGUUUGUACAUGCUUUCCCAUUGAUCUUUUGCUUCUGCCUAGUGUUAGUUUGCAAAAUGGUAGACAAACUCUUGAUGGGGCUUUGAGAAAUUUCUUGAAGCUGUUAUAGAGAUUGCAACUCCCUGAUUUUUCUCAUAUGAUGUAGGUGUAGAAACCAAACCAUGUAAAUUAUGUUACCUUUUGCAGUGACAUUUGUGUUACAUUGA